AUGAUAUUUAAUCAUUUGGAUUUGAAGUUGCAUUUAUUAAUAUAGUUAAUCGAACGAACGAUUAAUGUAUAAUGCAAUUAAUUAUUUAAGUAUGUUUGCAAUAAAUAAUUAUUAUUAUGCACUAUGAUGACUUGUCAACAACUAACUACAGUGUGCAUCUUUAUGACCACAUAUCAAAUCGCACCUGCACAACGGGCUUUAAAUAGUCUCGUUAUACCAGGUCAGUCAGGUCUGCUGAACUACAACCUGUUACCACGGCCACCAAAAGGAUACCAUUUCGAACCGUAUGGAUACAUCUUGAAUAAUUAUCCAAGCAAAUCGUAUACGAUAAAAUACGGUUUAUCGAAUAAUAUUAGGAAUAAUAAUCGUGGGAAUUCGGCCAGACGGGGCACUGGUUCCAAUAGGAAACCAACUAGGAAAAAGAAACCCAAGAACCCGUCAUCAGAAGAUCCUUCGUUCUCAGAACCGCCAGCGAAUUCAACAGGGGACCCACCAACCGCUGAACCUGCCGAAACUUCACCUCCAGAUCCUACUGCGUAAUUAUGGGGGGGGGGGAAGAUAUGGAGAUAUAUCCUUAUUAUGGAGAUGUUUUUUUUUGGCGAAAAAAAAACAAAAAGGAAAAUUGAAUUUAUAUUAUAAUUUAUGAAAACUAUAUUUAAUUUAAUUGUUUA